AUGCGAGUAUAUUUCAUAAGCAAUAGGACAUUUGUUAUAAAAUAUAUUCCUGCAGAAAAAUUCCAUAGAGGAACAUUAUUUAUUUUAUAUUUUUGUAUUCCAGCUACUGAAUGUCCAGAUCCUUCGAAAGUGACAUCUCCCCCGAUGAAAAUAAUCAGUGAUGGAUUUAAAAUCGGAAAAACUGCAAGAUUUUCUUGUCCAAAAGGAUCAAUUUUAAAAGGUUCCGAUAAAAUCACUUGUCUAGAUACAGGACAAUGGUCAGCACCAAUACCAUACUGCACAAAAGAAACUUGCGAACCUCCCGAACUCCCCAUUCACGGACACGUUAUCGGUAAUAAAAGUUACGUAUAUCGACACGGUGAUAUGCUACUAAUUGGAUGCGAUGAAGGCUACAUGGCUGAUGGUCCUAUAGUUUUAGUUUGUCAAGAAGAUGGACGUUGGUCUAGUGAUAAACCGCAAUGUUUGCCUGUAUGCUCGUAUCCUGGUAGUACAGAAGGUGCAAUUUUAUCACCUGUUAAAUUUUACUACACAGUUAACGAAACUGUAAUAUUUGAAUGUUUGAAUGGAUAUAAAAUGAAAGGAUCGAAGAUAAUUCAAUGUUUAAAAGACGGUAAAUGGUCGAGUAGCAUCCCGACUUGCGAAUCAUUAGAAUCUAAUCAAUGAAGGAAAAUAAUUUUAAAAAAUAAUAAUAAGAUGAAAUUUUGAAACUAAACAAUUAAUUUUUUGACAAUUUUUAAUUAAAAAAACAUUCUACAAUAGUUUUAAAAAAUGUGUAAACGUUUAAACUCAACGUAAACAUAGCAGAAAGUCAGAAAAUUCGAAUUUUGAAAUUGAUUGAUUUUAAUAAGAAAUUUGAAUUCGAAUUUACCAAUCGGAUGUUGGUAUUUUAUGUCGACGAUUUAAAUCCACCUAUCGCGUCCAGUCACGUGGUAAAUGCAAACGAGAAGUGGUGUUUAUUCGUGAAUUAUUAUUGAAUUAUUU